UAAACCGAAAAUAACUGCCGCCUGUUCCCACCCCAUUUUCUGUCCGCGGCUGAAGUAACCGCUCAGUGUCGGUUGGCUACAGUACAUAAGCCCCACAGCACAAUCAGUUGCACUCUUUCCCAUUUCUUUUCAGUUCCUAAGAGCCCGUGUCUCUAUAACAAUGAAUUACAAUGGUUCGCAAUUCGGUCUCUCCCCGUCUCCGUCUCAACAAAUCCCUGGUUCCUUCUUUGCCUCCUCCUUACUUCUUGGUCCCUGCAGUUUUCUGACUCCCAAAAACCAGACCCAGAAUACCCGUGGAAGGCGCUCUGGGCCGCUAAGGACUGACCUGACUUUGAGGCCACCAUGUAAUGUCGCCAGAAGGAAGAGGCUGCAUGACCCCGAACCUGGAGAGCCUAAGGUCGCUCGGGAAUGCCCUGAGUGUGGAAAGAAGUUCUGGUCGUGGAAAGCCCUUUUUGGGCACAUGCGGUGCCACCCUGAGCGCCAGUGGCGUGGCAUAAACCCACCCUCAUCAUCUCUCAAACAGCCUGGUUCUCCAUUGCACUCGAGGCCAGCGACCAUGCUAGCAGGAGAAGCUACAACUGCAGAGGAGCGGGAAGUGGCAGAGUCCCUCCGAAUGCUGGCUGGUGAUGAUUGUGCUAGCCCCAGUGCCAGUGGAAGUAGCUUUACUUUCACUGCAAAUAAUCAACGGAUCAGCACUUCCGGCAGCGCUCUGGCUGUAGUGGCAGAAAAUGACAGUACUUAUCCAUCGGGAUCGAGUUUCCAGUAUGAGUGUGAGAGCUGCAAGAAGGUGUUCAGAACCCGGCAGGCGCUGGGAGGCCACAGAGCGACCCACAAGAACGUGAAGGGUUGCUCGGCACUUUCAAGAAGUGGCGCCACUGCAGCAGAUGGCAGCAAGAUAUCCGCCGACUGCAUUGAAGGCAAGAGGGUCUUCUUGCCGGAGAACCACCGACACCACUACCGGUGCGGCAUCUGCCUGAGGACCUUUUCAAGUGGGCAAGCCUUAGGAGGGCACAUGAGGAGCCACUUCGAGGCCAAGGGUCCACCAGGGCUUGAAGUUGAACCUCGACUCACUUUGGACUUGAAGUUGGGCCUCUAAAGGGUACCAUUCACCAGUUUUGCUGGAUUUACUCAUAUAUAUUUUGUGGCAAAAAUGUGCAUAUAUCCAUGGCUAUAUUAUAUAGAUAAUAUAUAUACAUAUAUAAAUAGUGUAUGUAUAUGUCUACGUAUAUAUCUGUACUGUAUCAAUCAUUUGCUAUUACUUACUGCAUUUGUAAUAAAACAGUUACACAAGGAAGUUGUCAAUGUCGUCAUCCAAAAAAAAAAAAGAAUGUCCUCUUCAACUUCUUUGGUUCUUUCGUUA